GAAACGAUCUCUUAAAUAUCCUAUCUUGUUACUCCAGCAACCUUUCAAUCCAGUUCUCCAACCGGCGACGCCGUCUCACGGUGGCUCCACUUUCCUCCGUCAACCACAGCCACCGUACGAACCUUGCCAUAGUCUCAAUUAUCUGUUGGCUGCCGAAAGAGAACUGACAAAUACAAUGGCCGCUUCACUCCCUCACACUCUCUCCAUUCCUCGCCGCCGUCAUUCUUCAAUUUCACAUUCCAAUGAGCAUAUUAUUGGUAUAUGUCGAGUUAAUGCCAACUUCAAUUGCCAAAGACGAGCAAAGGUGGUCUGUCAAGGUAUGUUGGCACCCAGAAAGUUUAUGCAGAGAAGGAAAAAGGUAGAAGUUUUUGAGGAUGCUGCUGAUGAGGCAGAUCAAAAGAACUGGAGGAAGAUGAUGAAUGAAAUUGAUGAGGUCGGCUCUGCUGUUUCUGUGCUCAGAACACAAAGGACGAAGAAUCAACCUCUUCCCAAGGAACUAGUUUUGGGAACCUUGGUUAGAUUUAAGCAGCAAAAGAAAUGGAAUAUUGUUGCUGAGAUUCUUGAGUGGCUUCGAACUCAGCAUUGGUGGAAUUUCAAUGAAAUGGAUGCUCUGAUGCUGAUUACGGCUUAUGGAAAACAAGGGGACUUUAACAAAGCAGAAAGAGUUUUCAGCUAUAUAAACAAGAAGGGCUAUCCACCAAGUGUUAUAUCACAUACUGCUCUUAUGGAAGCAUAUGGAAAAGGAGGUCAGUGCAACAAGGCAGAAGCAAUCUUCAGAAGGAUGCAAUCCUCUGGACCUGAACCUUCUGCUGUAACAUAUCAAAUAAUUCUUAAGAUAUUUGUUGAGGCAGACAAGUUUAAAGAAGCUGAAGAAAUAUUUGAAACCAUUUUAACCGAUGAGGUUUCACCUUUAAAACCAGACCAACAGAUGUUUCACAUGAUGAUUUAUAUGUACAAAAAGGCAGGGAGCAAUGAUAAGGCACGGAAGCUAUUUUCAAUGAUGACUGAAAGAGGACUGCAGCAAACCUCAGUAACUUAUAAUAGCUUGAUGUCAUUUGAAUCUAAUUAUAAGGAGGUUGCAAGAAUCUAUGAUCAGAUGCAAAGAGCUAAGGUGCGACCUGAUGUUGUUAGCUACGCGCUACUCAUUAGUGCUUAUGGUAAAGCCCGAAGGGAAGAAGAGGCAUUAGCUGUUUUUGAAGAGAUGCUGGAUGCUGGUGUGAGGCCUACCCAAAAAGCCUAUAACAUCUUGCUUGAUGCAUUUGCAAUAUCCGGCAUGGUGGAUCAGGCGAAGAUUGUCUUCAAGAGCAUGCGACGUGACAGAUGUACUCCCGAUCUUUAUUCUUACACAACUAUGUUAUCAACGUAUGUGAACGCAUCUGACAUGGAGGGAGCAGAGCAAUUCUUUAAAAGAAUAAAACAAGAUGGACUCGAACCUAAUGUUGUCACGUAUGGAACUCUAAUCAAAGGUUAUGCAAAAGCGAAUGAUCUUGAAACGAUGAUGCAGAAAUACGAGGAAAUGCAGAUACAGGGUAUCAAAGCCAAUCAGACUAUAUUCACCACGAUUAUGGAUGCGUAUGGAAAGAAUAGGGAUUUCGGGGAUGCGGUGAUUUGGUUCAAAGAGAUGGAAUCUUGUGGGGUUGUUCCCGAUCAGAAAGCUAAGAAUAUUCUUUUGUCACUGGCUAAAACGCUCGAGGAAAAAACAGAAGCUAAUAAAUUAGUUGGAUUAAACGAUGAUCCUAAUAACGAGCAUACAAUUAUUAUGGAUAGUAUUCGUUUUGAAGAUGAUGACGACGACGACGAUGAUGAUGAUGUCAGUGAAGAUGAUGAGGAUGAUGAUGUUAGUGAAGAUGAUGAUGAUGAUGAUAAUGAUGGUGAUGAAGAUGAAGAUGAGCAAACCCUUUCUUUUAUAGAUGAAACUAAUGAAAGUAGAGAAGUAUCACUUCCCAUUGGUAUAUGAUGGAGGAAAUGCAAGUCAUGCAUGCUUUUGCGUAUGUGAAAGUUAGAAAUUUUGGAGCCCAAAUUAUGUAUUUGUGUAUAGUUAAUGAAUUAGUAUGUGUUUUAGUGGACAAAGAACGAAAGUUUCUACGCUUGGUAGUAGACUUAAGGACCAAAGUUGCAAUACUUUUUAAGACUUUUUACUGUUUAGAAAAGUGAUUGAAAUGACUUAUUGGUAUUGGAGAAAACUUUUCUCAAAA